CCAGCAUCUUUCUGGAAAAGAGUUUUUUGCUGCCUGUUUAUAUUCCUGGGUAACCAUCGCCCCCCUCACCCCCCAUCGUAGGAUGUUAACCUUGGAACAAUAUGGAGAUUAGCUACAGAGCUGAAGCAAAAAUCCCAACGGAGCUUCAGUUUCGCAGUCUAUAUAGCCUUCUUUCCCAUACACUGACCAGAUGCUUAGGGCUCGGGAAAUCACAACUAAGGAGUAGAAUUCCUCAAGGCAGUUCGGCAGAAGUGAUCCCUGUGGUUCUGCCAAAGACAAGCCUGUUGGGUUUAAAGAAAAAAGAACAAAAAAACAACGUGAAGUCCCAACAUUAAAAUUAUUGCCUUGAAGAAACUGAGUGGAGAAGUGUGAAAAGAUGAAUGGACCCGUGGAUGGCUUGUGUGACCAUUCUCUAAGUGAAGAUGGAGACUUCAUGUUCACAUCGGAAUCGGUAGGAGAGGGGCACCCAGAUAAGAUCUGUGACCAGAUCAGUGACGCGGUGCUGGAUGCCCAUCUCAAGCAGGACCCCAAUGCCAAGGUGGCCUGUGAGACGGUGUGUAAGACAGGUAUGGUGCUGCUGUGUGGGGAGAUCACCUCCAUGGCCAUGGUGGACUACCAGCGGGUGGUGAGAGACACCAUCAAGCACAUUGGCUACGACGACUCUGCCAAGGGAUUUGACUUCAAGACUUGCAAUGUGUUGGUGGCUCUGGAGCAGCAGUCCCCAGAUAUAGCACAGGGUGUCCAUCUAGACAGAAACGAAACGGAUGUUGGUGCUGGAGAUCAGGGUUUGAUGUUCGGCUACGCCACCGACGAGACAGAAGAGUGCAUGCCCCUCACCAUCAUCCUCGCCCACAAGCUCAACGCCCGCAUGGCGGACCUGAGACGCUCCGGGGCCCUCCCCUGGCUGAGGCCGGACUCGAAGACUCAGGUGACAGUUCAGUACAUGCAGAACAAUGGCGCUGUCAUCCCCGUUCGUAUCCACACCAUCGUCAUCUCCGUGCAGCACGACGAGGACGUGACACUGGAGGACAUGCGGCAGGCCCUGAAGGAGCAGGUGAUCAAGUCCGUGGUGCCGGCCAAGUACCUGGACGAACACACCAUUUACCACCUGCAGCCCAGCGGGCGCUUUGUCAUUGGCGGUCCCCAGGGGGAUGCGGGCGUCACUGGCCGUAAGAUCAUCGUGGACACGUACGGCGGCUGGGGGGCGCACGGUGGUGGGGCCUUCUCCGGGAAGGACUACACCAAGGUGGACCGCUCUGCGGCUUACGCUGCCCGCUGGGUGGCCAAGUCCCUGGUGAAAGCAGGGCUCUGCCGGAGAGUGCUUGUGCAGGUUUCCUACGCCAUUGGUGUGGCUAAGCCCCUGUCCAUUUCCAUCUUCACUUACGGAACCUCUCAGAAGACAGAGCGAGAGCUGCUAGAUGUGGUGCAUAAAAACUUUGACCUUCGGCCUGGCGUCAUUGUCAGGGAUUUGGAUUUGAAGAAGCCAAUGUACCAGAAGACGGCGUGCUAUGGCCAUUUCGGAAGAAGCGAGUUCCCGUGGGAGGUUCCCAAGAAGCUUGUGUUUUAGAGCUGGUGGAGCUGGGCCCGGCCUUGCCCCAGGGGCACCUGCGUGGCCACAUCCCUCUUCCCCAGGAUCCCAACUCUCUGCUCCCACAGACCCCAGGCUGCUGACGGCCCUCAGGGGCAUGCCUUCUCCCCCACCCCCUAACCCCCUCCCACCCCAGGCAAAGCCGUCUGAUUUAGCCCUCUGCUGUUGUCAUCGUGAAUGGCAGGAGGCAGGUGGCUUCCUGGUGCUGAGGGUCUGAUCUCCUGAGGACAGUCACUGUGUCCCUCUGCCUCUCCCUUAGACCAAGGGAUGUUAAUGUGGUGGAAAAACCACCUGUCAGGAGUAAAUCCCCUUACCUCCCCCAUAGCCCGGACCCUGACCAGCUCCCCCCCGCCCCCCCCGUCCCUAGGCAUGUGCCAAGGUCAGCGCGUCUCACAGAUGUCAGGGUCUCACAGGGUCCCAGCCAGAGCCCUGAGCCAACGCCUUCACAAAGCCGCCCAGGCUGGGCUUCUGGCAAGGAUAAGCACAGGGGCUUUCGUGGCCUAAGCAUCCACAACGAGCGAGGGACAGAGCUAAUCACUGAUGUCAUUUCUUCUUCACACAACAUGCUGAGGUAACACCUUUGUUGUCCCCGUUUAUAAAUGGGAAGACUGAGGCACAGACCAUCUAGGUAACGUCCACAGGGUCCUAGAGCCACAUGUACUGGGGCCUAGACGUGAAUCAAGGAGCUUUGACUCAGGAACCCAGACACCUCCCCCUUCCCCCUAUCUCGUGCCAGAAACAAAUCUGUGCCAUGACAAAGCAGACUGAAGGGCGGCUGUGGCCUCUCUCCUAAAGACCUGAGGUUGCUUUGAAUUAGGGGACUAACCCACCCGCUCUCGGUGAGCCCUAGGCAGUGAGCUGCAGCCAGGACAGAACCAAAGGGUUGUUCCAUUUGCCUCAUUUAUUUCAGAAGACAGUUCAGGGUGACAUGGCUCUCCUGGCUGGGCUGGAGUUUGGAAUUCAGAAGCAACCAUAUAACCCUAGCCCCUGCCCACUCAGGCACAUGCAUGGCUAGGGUGUGGGGGCCUCUGGAGUAAGUGGUCCAAGUCUGGUCCAUCUGGGCUUCCUGGAGCAGCUCAUCCUAGCACAGGUGGCCAGCCCCUUAAACAAGGGACUGGAAGCCUGGUCCUUCAAGUCUCUCUCGCUCUUUGUCCCCUCUGUCCCCCCGUAGUCUGUAGGCCAGUCCUAAGACAUGAUCUCUAAUGUUCAGUGGUGACCCCGGUGGCAGGGCUUGACGCCCGCCUUUGCCGGGUGGCUUCUGCGGGACGGGUCUACUCCGGAGGGGCCUGAGGCAUCCUCAGUGUGCCAGGGUCUCAGAAGCUGUACAUCCGUCUGCCUUCCCAUCCGUGUCCGGCACCACCUACCUCACCUGUCCUCAGCCUGGGCCUCUGACGGCAGCAUCUCUACCUUCUCUCCUGCUCCCCAGACACAGGCUCAGGUGGGGGCCUCCAUGGGCCUUGGAGAGCAGGGGGACUGGACUUCUUUGUGGGGCACAUGGUGUUGGUUCUGGCUGGGACAGGAAGCUUCACCUGGGAGCAGAGCCUGCAUCCGGGCUCUAGGCCUGAAGCACAGAGACCCUAGGGCUCCUCUUUCGAUCAGGGGUGGAAAAAGAAGCCCAAAUUACCAUAUGCUGUGGAAGCUCUGCUCUCUCCGGUUACCCAGGAAGUCUCAGGUUAUUUUCAGGAGAGGUAGGCACAGCUUUCAGGUGGCUGAGUUCCUCUAACGCGGGCUAUAUUCUAAGUGAAAAUUCAGAAUUUAAUACUUUCCCCACUCCUUGAGAAACGAGAUCUUUUUUCUGUCCACAUUGUUUGUAUAGAGCCUUUAUUGAUUAAUAGUUCCUGCUAGGACAGUGAAUAAAGACUCAAGUUGCAAA